GUAGAAGAAAAUUUACAUCCUGUGCUCCACGCAUUAGCUGCUUUAAGCCGAGUCAUGCCUGAGCAGGAUAAUUACGAUGAUGAGUUGGUUUCCAGCAACCCAAAUCAACGCAAUUGGCGCGGCAUUCUCAUCGCACUGCUGGUGAUCAUUAUUGUGCUGGCCUUGAUUGUAACAUCGGUGGUGCUGCUCACGCCACCCGAUGAGGGACCGCGCGUCAAGGGACAGCGCAUCAAGCUACAGGACAUCGUCGACGGCCUCUACGUGCCGCAGCGUGCCAAUGGCAGUUGGAUCGACGCCGAGGAGUUUUUGUAUCAGGAUCAUUUGGGCCGUAUCUGCCUGCUGAAUGCAGCCAAUCGCACGGAACGCGUCCUCAUGUCCAAUGUGACAUUUAAAACUCUGGCGCCGUUCACAUUUAGCAUAUCGGCGGAUAAACGUUACCUGCUGCUGGCCCAAAACGUUGUCAAAUUAUUUCGACACUCGUAUUUGGCGCAGUACACGCUAUUUGACAUACACACAAGCGAGGCCAUCAAGCUGCGCCACAAUCCGCAACAGGACGAAUGGCCCUAUUUGCAUUUUGCGCGCUUUACAAGCGCCGGAAACGCUUUAAUCUGGGUGCACAACUACGAUAUUUACUAUCGUCAGGAGGUGCGUGCCUCGCAUGCUUAUCGCAUCACACACGAUGCGGUGCCGGGCGUUGUCUAUAACGGCAUACCCGAUUGGCUAUACGAAGAGGAAAUUCUGCAUACUAAUAAUGCAAUUUGGCUAUCGGACGACGGGCAACUGCUGCUCUAUGCCAGCUUCAACGAUACACACGUCCAGGAGCAGCAUUUUGCUUGGUAUGGCACCACCUCAACUGGCGCCGCAGGCGGUGCUGCGACAAGCGGCACAACUCAUGGCAAUGGUGGUGUCGGUGGUGGCACUAGCUCUGGCGGUGGCUCAGCUGGUGGCAGUAAUCCGCAUGCCAACUUGUAUCCGGAAAUUAGAUCCUUACGAUAUCCUAAGCCGGGCACGCAGAAUCCGACAGUCACCUUGCGGGUGGCCGACCUGGCGGUUCCUGAGAAGAUACACAUCAUAGACUUGAAACCGCCGAAAAUUAUAGAAAACGAGGAUCAUUACUUUAGCAGCGCCAGUUGGGUGAGUGCCAAGGAGAUCGCUGUGGUGUGGCUAAAUCGACCGCAGAACAUAUCCGUGGUCAGUGUCUGCAGGAGUCCCUCGUUUGUCUGCAUCGAGACGCAUCGUGUGAGCGGCGACGGACGCGGCUGGGUGGACACUGUCUCGGUGCCAUUGUUUGCGGCCAAUGCCAGCCACUAUGUGGCCAUAUCGCCGCUGCGAGACGGCUCGUUUGGCUAUUUCCGGCAUAUCGUGCACGUGGACAUUGACAAUAAUCGCGUGCUGCCCCUCACACACGGACCCUACGAGGUGAAUCGACUCCUGCACUGGGAUCAGCUCGAUAAUUGGAUCUAUUUUCUGGGCACGCCGGAGCGCCUGCCCUCGCAGCAGCAUUUGUAUCGCGUCUCGGCGCUGCCCGCUCGACAGGGACAGGCUUUGCAGGCGCCCGACUGUCUGACAUGUCCGGCGCUUAUGCACGGCAGCGAUGGCUAUGACGAGGGUCAAACCAAAUCGCCGCCAAAGCUGGUGACCGCCUGGGACGAUGACUGGGAGGACUCCGAGGAGGCGGAGGCGCUGCCGCCGCCACCGGCCAUGCCCGUAGAGCAGCAGCGACAGGCGCGUGGACAUGGAGCGCCACCACCCAGUGAUUGCCUGUACCAUGAGGCACAGUUUCCGCUGUCCCUGCGAGCGCGUUAUGUUCUAGUGGAAUGUCUGGGUCCAGUGGUGCCCAAUUCUAUAAUAUAUGGCCUGAAGUUGCCCACUGGACCCAAGGCCAAAAAGCAAAGCCUACCGCAGGAGCAGCUCGCAGCAGAAGCUGCAGCUGCUGCUAAGGUAGCUGGCGAGCCGAAGUCACAGUUUCUGGAGCUGCUCGUCACCGUGCAGAACAACACGCGACUCAAGGAAAAGAUGGCCAAAGUGGCGCUGCCGCAGGUAAAAACCUUUCCAGUUAUGAUCUCCGGCGGCUAUCAUGCCCAGGUGCGUCUCUAUCUGCCGCCCGUACUGCGCGAGGAUGAGAUAACGCGUUAUCCCACCAUAUUGCACGUAUACUCCGGUCCGGGCUCUCAACUGGUCACAGAUCGCUGGCACAUCGAUUGGAACACCUAUUUAUCCGGCAGCAAGGAUUACAUAGUCAUCGAGAUCGAUGGCCGUGGCUCCGCCGGCCAGGGCUAUCAGCUGCUGCACGAGGUUUACAAGCGUCUGGGCAGCGUUGAGGUAUCCGAUCAGCUGGAGGUUAGCGAAUAUUUGCGUGACAAUCUACACUUUAUCGAUGCGCGCCGCAUGGGUGUCUGGGGCUGGAGCUAUGGCGGCUAUACAGCCGCCCUCGCCCUGGCCGGACAGCAGUCAAUCUUCCAGUGCGGCAUCAGUGUCUCGCCGGUGACCAAUUGGAAGCUUUAUGACUCCACCUAUGCGGAACGUUAUCUGAGUUUUCCGAACGUAACCGACAACUACAAGGGCUACGAGGAGAGCGAUCUGUCAAAGUAUGUGGACAAUUUGCGCGAGCGUCAAUUCCUGCUGGUGCAUGGCACCGCGGAUGACAAUGUGCAUGUCCAGCAAUCUAUGGUACUUGCACGUGCGCUGACCAGCAAGGGUGUGCUAUAUAAGCAGCAAAUCUAUCCCGAUGAGGGGCAUAGUUUGUCCGGCGUAAAGCGGCAUCUAUAUCGCUCCAUGACCGCCUUUUUUGAGGAUUGUUUCAAGAAGCUGGUGCCCCCAGAGACCAAGGCCGGCCUGGGCAGCGGCGGCGAUAUGCAGCAGCAAUAAAUUGCAGCAUCAACAGCAUAAGCAGCAGAAUAAAAAUUUUUUUUUGAUUACAGCAGUGCGAAGCAAUAAACGAAACCGAAAAGUGCGAGAAAGGCGUGUUAAAAGAAAGACACACACACACACACACACACACACACAGUUGUACACACUGCAGUAUUUGCAGUAAAUAUCGAUAUGCGAUUCCAUUGACAAUUUUCGAAAGGUAAAUAUAUCGAUAAAUAAUUAGACUGAUCCAGAUCACUGAACAAAAAUAUGGUUGAUCAGUCAUGCAAAGGCUUAUAAGAAAAGUAGCCCGGCAUCAACAAAGGAGAAAGAGUGUUUUUUUUUUUUUUAUUUAUUGUCUCGCGUUUGAUCGUUGUAAGAUAUAGACACAGCCAAAUGUUACAACAAUAAGUGUAAAUUGCGCUUUGUACAAAAUAAUAAGCAACAAAUAAAUGCUAAGUGAACGUGCGCAAAAAAGAAAGCGAAAAAACACAUGCAGUCAACAUGGUUGUGAGAACAUGACGUCAUCAUGACAAGCAGUUACACACACGCAUACACAGACAUGAACAAAUGUGCAACAUACACAUAUAUACAUACAUACAUAAAUGUUAAUGCCGGACGGCGGAUAAAACAGCGCGUAAGUGUCGCAUAUUUCUUUUGAUUUAUUCGAUUUUUUAUGCAUUUGCUGCAUACAUUUGCAAAUGGGGUUUGACCAAAAAUGAAAUACCAAAAUAAACAAUAUAUUUACUGUAGUGCAAAGGUCACCAGGUGGCACUGCCAAAUGUCAACAGGAGGGGUCACAGGGGGAGCGAGAAAGCGUUGUAAAGGAAAUUAUAUACAUAAAUCAAUUUACAAACAUUUGAAAAAGCAAUUUAAAUAACAUUUUCUGAUAACCGAGAGUCUAAAAUUUUGUUCAAUGAUGGCAAACAUAAAUCUCAUAUGGAGUUUAUGAGCCGCAAUUAUUUAUUACAGGUUAUUUAUUUUAUUUUUUUUUUUUUUAUCAGGUAGUACAAUCAAAAAUUUCUGCCAAGUCUGAUGGAAUUGCUCAAAAUUAAAAGAUUGCUCACAUCAAUAGCUUUAAUAUAAACAAUUUAUUUUUGCUCUAAAAUUUCCGCUCCCCGCAAAUGUUGCGCUGUUGACCCGCGCCUCCCGCACAUUUAAACACUUUUUGCACUCGCAUUAAAACCGUAGAAUUGAGUAGAUGUAAAUUGAAUGAAAUGAAAAUGCUGCAAUAAACAAGACAUAAAUAAUAAAGUAAGCGCGCAAAUAUAAAAUGAGCAGCCAUAAAAGAAAAAAAAUAUAUAUAAAUCUGAGCAUUCGCACAAGCACAGCAAGAAAUCAAUUUAAUUGAAUGCUAAAUUUAAAACAAAAUGGCCAAAUUCAAUUAUAAUUUAAUUGUGAACUUAAGCAUAAAUACUGUUCGCAUAUAAGUAGCGCAAUAAUAAUAUUUAAUAUUUAAUAGUUAUAUUUAAUGGCAUAUUAAUUCAGUUCAUGUUGAUUGCAACAACUUCGCACCGAAGUCAAAACCAAAAGUACAUUUCUAAAUGAGCGUAGUGAAUGUAGCGUUAAAUAUAUAUUAGUUAACCAAGCCCAAUAAUGUCUAGAUAUUAAGUGCAAAAAACCAAAGUAAACAAAAACGAAAAGGUCAAAAAUAGCUGCGAUACACGUUUAAAAUUCGAAUGCGACUGGCAGAAAGUUGGCAAAAAAAAAAA